GUUGACCUUGAGUGAUACGCCAUUACUUUUGGAUUCUUAGGUCGCACUACUAAGGAUGGGGAAGCAUAAGUUUAGGACACGUUGUUAUUUGGAUAUCAAAAUCGAUUCGCAACCAGUGGGUCGUAUCGUGUUAGAGUUAUUUAGUGAUAUAUGUCCAAAGGCUGCCGAAAAUUUUAAGAAAUUAUGUCAAGGAGUCUGUGGUUUGGGUUUAAAGACGGGGAAACCGCUAACAUAUCAGGGAAGUAUAUUCCAUCGAGUUAUCAAGGGUUUUAUGAUACAAGGAGGUGACUUCAGUAAUAGGGAUGGAACUGGGGGUGAAUCGAUAUACGGAGGCACUUUUGCUGAUGAGUGCCUAACGACGGAGCACGACCGCCCUUUUUUGCUGUCAAUGGCAAACAGAGGUCCCAACACUAAUGGGUCUCAAUUUUUCAUCACCACUGCUCCUGCACCACACUUGAAUGGGAAACAUGUAGUAUUCGGUCAUGUGAUAUCUGGAGAGGAUGUCGUCAGGAAAAUUGAGGCCGUUCCAAUCGCAGACACUAAAGCUCACCGUCCAGUCAAAUCGAUUGUAAUUGACACUUGUGGAGAGCUUAUACCAGUUAAAAAAGGGAAGAUUUCAAGUGGUGAGAAGAAGAAGAAAGCGAAAAAGGAAAAGAAGAAAAAGAAGCGGAAAGUUAGCGAGGAGGAAGAUUCAUCAGAAAGUGAAAGCAACAUGGGUAAUGGAUGCAGUGUUCGAAAAGAAGAGAUUCCAGAAGUGCCACCACCAAAGUUUCUUUAUCGUGGUAACUAUGAGGAGGAUCAGCUGGAAUUACAGAAAAAGAUGGAAGCCAGCCCAAGUAUUUCAGCUCGUCUCAGCAAUUGCUCGACCGAGUCCAGGCAUGGUUCGGGGAGCAAUCGUGAAAGUGUUAGAAGUCGAUAUCAGGAGGACCGUUCAGGUCGAGUGGUCAAAGGACGCGGUCGAAUUUGUUACCAAAGUCCGAAUUCCCGUUCAGGAAGUCCUGAGCGUAGUACCACACCACCACAUUGGCGCCAAGCAAGCUCUCACACUCAAAAGUUAGACCAGGAUGAUUGGAAACAAUGGAAUGAACGACGAAACCAGGAACAAAUGAAUCAUUUACAAAGAAUGUCGUCUCAUUCAUCCCGUGGGAGCCGCCAUGAUCCACCAUCUCCCUCCAUAGCUGCCAGUCGUAACCGCAACCCAAGCACUUCACCGUCUUUUGUAACCAACAUUGGUGUUCCUAAUAAUAUAAGAGACGCUGAUUCUCCGGAGAAAGAAUUUUCAACAGGUCAAAGGGAUGGUCGGAAAUCGCGUUCUCCUAGUCAGUCACCACCAAAGAAUCAUCAGAUUUUAGUAGAUGACUCCAAGAUAGUGGAAAACGGUUCCUCCCCAACACAGAAUCACGUAUCACCAACUUCAGCCGUACAAAAAAGGAUAAAUACCGAGUACGUGGGUAAAUCUGAGGAUUCGCAUGACAGGCGCUAUCCUAGAUCACCCGAAGACAUGCGUCCGACACCAUUGUCUGAGGAUCAGCGUAUUUCGGGAAUAGGCGACGAAUGUAUGGUAGAUAUCGAUGAAGAUAAGCUUAACACUCUUGCAACCAAUACUCAUGAACAGUCUUCAAAACUCUCUAAAUUUUCAGAGUAUUCGAGCGUUAAGUCUGAUUCACCGAAGAGACAAUUAGGGGAUUCACCGAGGAGACAAUUAGGGGAUUCACCGAAGAGACAAUUAGAGGAUUCACCGAAAGCCUUAUCUCGCAGUAGUCAGUCUCCUUUAAAGUUUUCCGGAUCAUCAAAUUUGAAAUCUCCACAACAAGCAGUUGUUUCCCCAGCUAACUCAUCCACUUCCAGUCAACAACAGAAAUAUCGAUCAAAGUCUCCUGUCCUUCAAAUGCUUUCGCCCAAACAUACUACUGUAGAGAAUCAAGCUCCUACAGAGCAGAACGCCGCUUCACCUCCUACUUACUCAUCACCUCGUGUAUCUGUUAUUGCUUCCGAAAACCGAAUGCCAUCUCCACCUGAUCAAAAUGCUCAACAGUCCUCUCCUGGUAUUCCUCAUAAACAUCAAGCUUCUCCACAGCUUCCCUCUAGAAUACCAUCACCUCAACCAAUUAGUUAUAAUGAACCCGAGGACAUACCAUUUCCAAGUGAGUGUGCCCCACCUAUACAGGAAAGAGCCAAGUCUCCAGAGAAACCUAGCAAACCGCUCAUAUCACAAACAGAUGAAGAGCCAAAGGCUGCUCACAUCUCUCGAUCAGCUUCACGAAGUUCGUCGUCAUCAGAAUCUGGAUCAGCUUCAUCUUGUGAAUCUGAUAGUUCUAGGUCACGUUCACGUUCCCGUUCCCGAUCUCAGUCUCAAACAAGUCCGAAAUCCCAUCGUAGACAAGCUCCACGAAGUCCUCCAGCUCAUCUUGUGGAGAAAUGGAAAAUGCGCCGUGAAAUGCUGAACCAAAAACGUCGUGUUGUACCACCAUCCGUAGCAGCGUACGCACCUUCUGGAUCAUCAGAAGACCGUUUGAGACGUAAUGCAUCUGGAAGAAGUAUCCAUGGUCAUUCCCGCUCACCAUCACGUUCCAUCACCAGCCGUCGGAGAAGUAGAUCUUCGAGUUCUCGUUCCAAAUCAGGCUCAUUUUCCCAUCGUCGUACUAAAUCAAAUAUAAGACGUGGUUCUCCUGAAACAGAAAGUGCUCGCAAACGAAGAAGAAGUACCAGUCGUGAUAGGAAAACAUCACGCUCAAAAUCUCGUAGUCGUUCACCCGCGAAGGGUCACGGGUUGAAACAUCGAGGUACCUCACCCAGCAAACCUAUUAUAGUGAUAACGAAGAAGAGUCACACAACACAAAAACCACCGAAAAUUGUCGCUGAGGACCCACCUGUUGAGGAUAUUCCUGUAUCAAGCAAGUGGGAGAAAUCUCCUCAUAUUGCAGAAGAAAGUACAAACCAACCUUCAGUACCUCAGUGGAGUAGCAAACCGUGGCAGACUGACAGUAAACCGGAACUUGAAGAAUCCGUUAAUAAGAACGGAAAGAUUCUGCCUGGGAAAAUUCAACUGGCAAAUAAUAGCACCGUUUUACAAAGACUUCGAGGUGCACAACAAGAGCCUACUAAUAACGAGACGCAACCAAACAAAGAUGACUCUCCUGUUACUGGCUGUGAUACAAAAACCAAUAAACUAGAGAACUCAACAGCUGCUUCCUCUGAAACCACAUCAGUGUCAAAUGUACCAACUAUGAUCAAACCUCAAGUUCCACCUCUUCCUAAAAAUCAGCAGGUUAAAAAACCAGCUGCAAUCAGAGGACGAUCUCAUUCAUCUAGUUCUAGUUCAGCCUCUUCUUCUUCCUCUUCUGGAUCUUCAUCAAGGAGCUCAAGCAGACCUAAGCGUUCUCGCCAUAGAUCUCGAUCAAUAAGCAAUUCUGCUCGCAAAGUUCAGCGAAGUGAUUUUUCAGACUCAAGAAGUAGAGGUAGGGGUCGAUAUUCCCCAGUCAGUCGUUCAUACUACACGAGAUCACGUUCACGCUCAUUCUCAACAAGAGCCUCUACGAAUUGGGGUACACGUACAAGCUAUCCAAGCCGAAAUCGUUCUUGGUCUAGAUCACGUUCUCGAUCAUUUUCAAGGGACUCUCGGUCUCGCAGCUCAAGUACGCGUCGACACAAGCGUCGCCACAGAAGGACACGUCGUGGUAGAAAUUCCAGUCGCAGUUGGUCAUCCUCCAGAAGCUCUAGCAGAUCUACAAGGCGACGCUAACUGUAAUAUUAUUAACUUAUGCAACAACUGAAUUAUUCAGUCAAUGUUUUGAAAUGUAUUUACUUCACAUUGUAAUUUUGUGUUCUCACUUUAUUAUAACACAUCAAAAAGGCGAAUGUGGUUUCAAGUUAAUUAUAUUGAUGAAUAGUGGUUGUUAUGAUCCGAUACGUGUAAAUAGAUAAAU